UCCUUCUGCCCUUCAGAAAGAAAACCCGAGAGAGAAUAAAAGAUCGCUUUUUUGUUCCAGUUCGCUCGCUUGCUCCGAGGAAGAGAGGAAUCGGUCGUUUCUCCUCGAAUUUCUCCUCGAUUCGGCUGGUAGUUCGUCGGUUUUAUGCUACCAUAAAUCUUUAACUUGGUUAGAAAUGUCUGAACCAGAGCUGGCGUCUGAACUUAAGGCAAAUAUAAUGCUAAAUGGGUCUGGUCUGCCUCUGCCUAAGGACACUGGCUGGGAGGCUGCUUCUGAAAAGAAGGAUGAGGGAGAAAAUACUCUGAAAACAGUUGAAGUUGAAAGGAAAGAAGAAAAGAAAGAUGAUGAUGCAAAAAUGGAAGAAAUGGAGGAUGAAAAAGUGGUAGAAGCUGAGGAUGCAAAAAUUACAGAGCCCGAUGAUGCAAAAGAAACAAAAGCCAAGGAUGUGAAAGUGGCAGAAGCUGAGGAUGGCAAAGUAGCAGAGGUUGAACGUGCAAAAAUUGUAGAAUUUAUGGACGCAAAGGUGGAAGAACCUGAAGAUGUGACGAUGAUGGAUGCUGAGGCUCAGAAGGAUGGUGACAAGGGGAGGAAGAGGGAGAGAAAGAAGUAGAAGGGGAGAAGAUAGAGGAAGGGAAUGAUGUGAAGGAUGAGAAAGAUGGUGUAAAUCAGGAAAAUAAGGUUCAAGAGAAUAAUGAGGCAAACAAAUCCAAGAGAAAACGAGUGAGGGAGAAGAAAGCUGGCGAGAAAGGGGAUGAGAAGGGAAAGAAAGAGAGUAGGUCGAAGGACAAGAAAUUGUUAAGUACUCCUUUGGCUUCAUCUACAGAGCGCCCUGUGCGUGAGAGAAAAACUGUCGAGAGAUUGGUGGAAUCUCUUGAAAAGGAACCAGUUAAAAAAUUUCUAAUUGAGAAGGUCACUUGUUUCCAUGUUGAUUUCUUUUCUAGUCAUUAUUGUUUUCAUAAUGAUUGCUUUAUACGUAUUAAUUUUGUGAACUUUGUGACUUUUAGGGUUGUGGAACUCCUCUAAAAGAAAUACCAAGUGUGGCUUACAAGUUAGC